AAAAGGCUUUUUAUUGAAAUAAUAAGGUUUAAAAAUGAUAAAACGACCACAAAGUGGUGAAACCGAAGAGGAUAUAUUGCGGAUGCAAAAUGAGUUUUUAUCGCAACGGGCGAAAAAUCCAAAACUCCAACCGGCAGCGCAGUUCGUUAAAGUGCCAAAAGAAACCAAAAAGUCGUUGUUUGUAAGGAGCCGCCAGAAGGCAAGUGAAAGUGCUAAUGACAAUGCAGAGCAGAAGCUUUAUAGCGCAGCGUCAGUUCCGACAGUCAAGCAGGAAAUCUUAGGAGAAAUACACGAGAAGAUUGUUGGAAAUUUGGACACAAGCAAUGUAGAAAAGUUUAGUGAGAUAGUGCUUGGGGAUAUUGUAGAGAAAAAAUUCGAUGCUCCAAUGCUGAAUGACGGUAUGGACGUUGAAGAAAAUAUCGGGUUUCCAACAAUCAAAUUAACCACAUUGGAAAAAUCUACAAAAGCUGGCAAAAGUAUAUUUGCAACUGGUGGUCUAAGUAAAAAUCAGCCCAUGAAAAAAGUACCGGCACCCUCAGAGGAUUUAAGCAAGAUGUAUGGUAACGAAAGUGUGAUAGUCAGCAAUUCUACAAUUGCUGCAGAAGUGCAUAAAGAAAACUUAGAUAUUUUGAGCAAAAUGAAUAGAGAUGACAUCUUAGCAGAAAGGGAGAAACUAUUGAAUUCGAUAGACCCCACUCUCUUGGAAUUGCUGAAAAAGCGACGACAAGACAAAUCAAAUCAAUCACUUCCUUCAAGUGCUAUAAGCACUACUACUAAAACUAAACCUUCUGAAAAGUUUGAAAAACAAGAACCUAUGGAUGUUAGUUCCGUUAUAACACCAAGCAAUGCGGCAUAUGAUAUAUUACAACAAAGUGAGGCGGAAAAUUGGGUACACUUCGAUGUAGUUGAGACUGAUAAGCUUAAAUGGAUGCGUGAUAUCGGAGAAAGUACGGCAAAUGUGAAGCCGGGUGAACAAUUUGAGGCGCGUUUCGACUGGAAGGGUGUACUACUGCCAUACUCGGUUGAAAAUGCAUCAGUCACAGAAGUGAUACCUGCUAGUAAUGCUCCCGCAAAAGAUGAUAGAGAACUUUAUCUGCACGGAGAUGAACCGCAUAGACCCGGUUACACGCUGCAAGAACUUUUUCGCUUGGCACGCUCGAAUAUUAUGCAACAACGCAUAUCGGCAUUCGGUGCGAUUGGUGGCAUUCUAAGCAUAUACAACCAAGGCUUCUAUGACGGUGUCUUAGAGUUGCCAAUUUCGAAAAUAUUCUUCUUACUGCGUCUCGGACUUGAUGACAAUACGCCAGCUGUGCUGGAAGUUGUGUCAAGAGCGCUAGCUUUUCUCUUUUACAACGAGGCAGAUGAGACUUUACUGGACUUCAUUUUCGAAAAUCCUGGCUGUCAUUGGCAACCCAGUUUGGAGUCAGCCGACAUGAGUAUUGAUAUUAAAGAUCUGAAUGCGUUAGAAAAUUUACAAAAACAAAUGCAGCAAUUACAAAUGCAUGACGAAAGCAACCGUUCCAUGUUUCGCAGUGACUUCGAAGAGCACGAAAAUGAGAGUAAAACUUCCAUGAGCGAUUUUCAAUUAGCGGAAACUAAUCUCAUUGAAUGCCUGUUGCGUACAAAUAUUCUGCAACGCAUCUAUUUUAUUUUGAGCGCUGUCAAGCCGGAAAACAGCACAGUUACGUCGUGUCUAAAGCUGCUCAUACGCUUGGCGCGCACAAACAAGGAGAUCGCUGGAAAAAUUGUCGCCAAUAACGAGCUAAUGCAGUGUCUCUUCCCGCAUUUCUUGCCAGACUUGGCGCACUUGGAAGCAAACUUGUCUACGCCGCAAUUUUAUUAUCAACCACAAUUCUUAUGCCUAAAACUCGUGCGUAUUUUAAUUACACAAAAUCUCGGCAUCGCUGUGCGCUUGAUGAAUAUGCAGCUGCCGGAUAUACUGAUCAACUAUUUGUCGUACCGCAGCGAUAUUAAAGAUGCCAUGAUUAAAGUUCAAAUUGAGUGCUUGCGCAUUGUGCGUUGCCUGCUGCUGCUGCGUAUUGACGAUUCGCUUUACAGCCGUUUGGACUCCGCCUUCUAUAAUAUGUUGCAGUGGCAUUGCAAUUACUUAAAGUUCGAGUUGGGCGGUCCAUAUUUGCUGCGACAACACGCUUCGGCUUUAUUGAUGGCAAUUGGCAGUGAGCCCUGCAGUGCGAAGUCAAAUCAUAUGUUGAGCGAAAUGCUUAAUAAAUGCUGUUCCGCCUGGUUUUAUCGUGCGACACGAAACGAUGUUACCGAGUUCUCCCAAACAACUCUUCUCAGCGCCUGCCUACAUGUCGCAAAUUGGCACAUACAACGCGAUGAACAAAAAUAUUUUAACGAAUUUUUUACGAAAUAUUUGCGUGAUUUUUUACAUUCCGCAUCGUUUAAGAAAUGUGUGAACCAACUAAUCACCUCCUCUGUAAUUAUACGCAAGUCAGGCGAUCGCCGUUAUGUGCAUACACCGUUACCUAAUGUGGGUGCAGUGCUGUUGCAUGAGGACGGUCCACAGUUGAUUAUACCGCAAGCAUAUAGCAUUUUUCUAUUAAACACCCUGUGGUCUCACAUCGAAUUACAAAUGUCUCGAAGUCAUGUUGAAGCCCAUAAGCCAUUAUUAGCUGCUUUAAUGACGCCACCAAUAGCGGAGACUUUUGUAAAAUAUCUCACUUUGCUCUCCAACAAUUUGAAUCAUUAUUUGUGCAGCAAUUUCUACACGAAAAUCGAAGUGCAGUUCGUUUAUAAGUUGCUGGGUUGCAGUGAAUUGCUGCAGCACUUCAACUCCUCGCAAAUACUACAACUCGUCUAUAAUUAUUUGUGUUGUCUCGGCGCCGAGCAUAUACUGGAGAUAGAGCAACUUUUCGAACGCAUAAUUUUCAAUACGCAGUAUUUAUAUGUGUCUGAGUCGGCGUUAAGGAAAUGGAAGGAGGUUUUCGUCAGCUUGGCGCAGUCGCACUACAUUGUUGUGGAACCUUCGAAUUUGAGCUUGACCAAGUCAUCACACACCAGCGCUAUUUUAACGCGUGAUUGGCCUUACUUUUUCUUCAAAAUCAUCUUACAAAACUUCCUUGAUAACGCGCCACAAAAGAUAACGGUGGAUUUCUCUGAACGUGAUAUUUUGGAAAUGACUCUCACACUCGUGACCGAGUUGGUGGAUUCAAGUUCGAAUUUGAAAAUUGUAACGCCUACCGAAGAGCUUAUGUAUGCUAUGACUGCGUUUAUGGGCCCAGAAAGUGAAUUCCUGAAUGAGGAAAUACGUCCGUUGCUGCGUAAACAUUUGCUGCGCUUUUAUGACAAAUACCAGGAUUAUACAUUCGAUUUGGAUAAGGCGGUCAUAGGCAAGUGCAAGUUCGAGAGUUUAUACUCCUUAUUCGUCGAUCACUUUCAAGCCACCAGCUACGGCGAUGAAUUAUUCGGUUCCUUAGUACUGCUGCCAAUGGCGCAGAAAUACGACAGUAAGUGGCGUCGUCGUAUGUGGUCGGAUUAUGCGCCCGCUCUGUGUUAUCUAAAUUGUGAUGAAUCGCUGCUUAUAAAUGGCUUGGGCGCGUAUUUGGAGCCCGCCGAGCAGGAUGAAUCUUUAAUUAAAGCCUAUGCGCUCAUGCUGAAUACGAACGAUGUGCGUGUUGGCACUAUACCCUACAAGAUUGCAAAAUAUCACCUGGAACAUUUUAAAAAAACGCCGAAAAAUUAAUAAUUUAAUGUUAAAAAUAUAUACUAAAGUGAUAAUAAAAAAAAACUUUUAUUGAUAAUAUUUAUGAUACUACA